AUGUCCAGUGACCAUAAAUCCAAAUUUGAUUUAGAACUUAAUCCAUUCGAAAGAUCAUUUGCUACCAAAGAAUCUUCGAGUGUAUCGUUAAAUGAAUUAGCAGCAGCAUCAAACAAUGACGCCAUUUCCGAUGUCAAUAGUGUUGCUACUAGUGGAUCAUCAAUAAAUAAUGGUAGUUCCAGUAAUAAACACAACCUACAUAUUCCCAACAUCUCCAGUGUCAACCAACAACAAGGUGUGAAUGGUAAAUUACCAGGUAUUACGCCACCUUUGUUCACACCUGGAGGAAGAAGAUUGCCACCUAUAGGAUUAUCUCCUGGGGGCACAACCAGUAGACAAUAUUCAAACAGUACCAAUAGUGGGAGUUUACAAAGUAAUACUGAUACCCUUGGGUCCAAUAUAUGGGGUGGAUUACCUACUAAUCAAACUUUUCAACCACAACCACAACCACAACCACAACCACAACAGCAGCAACAACCCCAGCAACAGCAACAAACUCAGCAGCCUCAUAAUUUCAACCAGUUCAUGUCCGGCAUGCGUAAAACCGGAUUAACACCAAAUGAAUCAAAUAUUAGACUGGGGUUAACACCUGGUGGUUUAACUAAUUUUGGAUUUGGUAGUAAUUUAGUUCCCGGUUUAUCCACUCCAGGUGCAUUAUUGAAUGGACCAAUUACUCCUGGGUUAUCUAGUUUAUUGGGUAUAACACAAACCCCUCUGAGUUUAUUAGUGCCCACUACAAGCAGUUUUCUGCAAAAUAAUCAGUCUCAUUUAAUUCAACCAGCUGCCAAUACCUCAGUAGGACCAAUACCGGAAUCAACUGCUCUUGGUCCUCAUGUAAAUAUUCCCCAGGCUAACCAACUUCAGCAAGAUCAAUCUUCUCAAGCGUUGGUUGGUGGACUUCCGCCCUCACAACCGCAACCACAACCGCAACCAGUGAUAGCGCAACAAAUCCAUACUAUUCCAGAGAAUCAAUCAAUUGCAUUUGAUAUGACACAACCUGCAGUCGCAAAUGCCCACCUCCCUGAAUCAAAACCUGAUUUAUCAGAAACAGCUAACUUGCAAAGAGAUUUGAACCCCACCGCAGACACCACCACAAAUACCACUACUGCUACUAAGAAAAGGAAAAAUGACACUGCUGGUGGUACUAAUAAAAAGGCUAAAGUUGCGAAGGGAAAGAAAAAAGAACCCAAAUCAAAAUCAAAGGGUAAAAACAAUCAAGAAGAUGACCAAAAUGCAUCGAAUAAACCAGAGGAUGAGAAUGUACCUGGAAAAGAAAAUGGCAAUGAAGAAAACCAUAAGGUAGAAGCAGAAUCGAAAGAAGAACAUUUACAAAAUGGGAAUGAAACCACCACAACCAAAACAAAUAAUACCGGUAAUUCAUCCAACGGCACUACAACCACCACCACCACAAAAUCGAAGAGUAAGAAAAAUUCAAAUGUUUCUGAAGAUGAUAAACGGAAAAAUUUCCUUGAACGAAAUCGUGUUGCAGCAUCUAAAUGUCGUCAACGUAAAAAAUUAUUAAUUCAAAAAAUGGAAGAAGAAUUAGAAUUUUAUUCAAAUGGUUAUAGAGAAUUAUCUGCUGAAGUGAAUGAAUUGCGUGGUGCCAUAUUACUUUUGAAAGAAAAACAUAAUAUUCAAGAUGAAAUCAUUGAUGGAUUAUUACUGAAACCAACUACGGUUCCAACAAACGUUACAUCAAUUCCAUCAACUAUACCAACUACUUUAAAUCCUACAUAG